AGUAGCCAAUCACAUUACAGCUUCUUCCAAAACGCGUCAUUCCGUGUUUUUUUUUCUUCCUCUCUACUGAUAAACACGUGUGUGUAUCGCGGUGUGUGGACAAUUUAUAAAAACAUAAACUACUCCACGCUUUCCAAACAACAUCCUUGAGAUGGCGAAGAGCCUGCGGAGCAAGUGGAAGCGGAAGAUGCGUGCGGAGAAGAGGAAGAAGAACGCUCCCAAGGAGCUGGCCCGUCUGAAGCAGGCGCUGAAUCUGGACAAGAAGGGAGAAGCCGUCAUGGCCGACGUGCAGGAAAUCGCCACCGUGGUGACGGCCGACGAGAUCAAGAAGCAGAAGGACGUGGACAUGGCGGAGAUGGAGGGCGCCGAGGGGCAGAUGGACUUGGACGGCAAGCGCAACAAGAAAACACAGCUGGAUGAAAACGGACAGUAUCCCGUGUGGAUGAGCCAGCGUCAGGCCAAGAAACUGAAGGGCAAGCGGAUGUCGAAGAAAAGCGGCAAGGGCAACAAGAAGAAGAAGGGGAUCGCCUGGUGAGCCAGAGGAAACCAAAAAGACCCUUUUUUUUCCUUUUGCUUGAAAGACUUUUUGUUGCAGAAACACAGGAUAAUUUUUCAUGUAUUGAUCGAUACAUGGCAACUGACAGAUCUCAUCCGGUUCAGCGGAUUACAAGAGUCACGGUUGUGCCACAGAGCCUGUUAUUGUAAAGUGAUUCCCUGCAGGAAAGUAUGGGCUCUUAUGGAUCAGCAGCUUGAACAAGGUUUAAGAAAACAGAGCCUUGUGCAAAAUAUGUCAGUGUUUGUCACAUAUUCUCUACUACAAUUUAAAUCUUUUCAUAUUCUGAUUAAAAAAAAUAUUCAGAUUCA